CUGCCGACAUCUGCUCCCUUUCUCUUCUAACAGUGAGGCACACGGGCAAGAAGAGGCCGUUCUCAUCUCCCAGCAUGCCGUGGACCUCCAACAGCACCAAGCUGGACAACGCCACCCUGUCCUUCUUCCUAAACACAAACGCCAACCUCGGCGUCUCCGCCAUCUACAUCAUCUUCACCGCCAUCAACCUGACAGGAAAUGGCCUCUCCAUGUGGCUCCUGGUGUUCCGCACCUCUCCCAAGACCCCCUCCAUCAUCUUCAUGAUCAACCUGACCCUCACAGACUUGGCCCUCGGGGCCGUCCUGCCCUUCCAGAUCAACUACCUGCUCCAAGGAUACAACUGGACCCUGGGACCCGGCAUGUGCAGGUUCCUCACCCUCGUCUUCUUCUCCAAUAUGUACUGCUCCAUCCUGACCAUGACGGCCAUUGGAGUCGACCGCUACCUGGGCAUCAUCUGGCCCAUGCAGUUCAGGGAGACCAGGGAGAGGAAGAUGGUUGCUGCAGUGUGCUGCUUCUUCAUGUGGGCCGUGGUACUAGUGGUCCUGUCACCACUCAUGACCACCGACCUCACCUUCAUCAUCCCAGAACUGGGAAUUACCACCUGCUUCGAUGUGCUGAAGAGGAACAUGCUCCCGUCCAUGACAGCAUGGGCCGCCUUCCUUUUCACCCUGAUCUUCAUCCUCUUCUUAUUACCGUUCUGCAUCACCAUGUUCUGCUACGUCAGUGUCAUCCGGAAGCUGGCCAGGGCCUCCAAGACAGGCCAGAAGAAUAGAGCGAUUCGCCUGGCCAUCACCGUACUCCUGGUCUUCACCAUCUGCUUUGCUCCCAACAACUUCCUUCUAUUGGCCCACACGGUGCGCAGGCUGUUCUAUGGAGACUCCCUCUAUCUGGCCUACAAACUCUCUCUCUCCUUCAGCUGUGUCAACAGCUGUCUGGAUCCCUUCAUCUAUUACUUCGCCUCCAGAGAGUUCCGGCAGAAGCUGAGGCAGAUCCUGAGGCUGAGGAGCAUCAGCAGCAUGGACAAUGGGAGGGCCGAAUAUAAAGAGAGUCUCUAUUCAGGCCAUGGGACCUCUGAUGGAGAGGGACUGCAAGGCAAGGCCUAUGCGAAACAAUUCCAGAGUAAACUCUAG